AUGGCGUCUUUGAAUUGUGCGUGUGUUGGUGUGCCGCAGACGCUGCUGCCGUCGGACCCGCCGUCGUUCGCGACGGGCACGCAGCUGGCGCUGUCGGGCCCGCGCGGCGCCGCCGUGCUCGAGCUGCCUCGGCGCUGGGGCCCCGCCGGCGCCUUCUUCGGCGGCAAGGACGUCGUGUCCUGCAGCUUAAAAUAUUAUUGUUAUUAUUAUUAUUAUUAUUAUUAUUAUUAUUAUUAUUAUUAUUAUUAUUAUUAUGAUAAUCGAGGCGACGAUUGCUGUUUGCGUUUAAAGCCAGAAUUUAUGCUAACGAACGCACCAACGAUGCCUCGGCUUCGCAAGGGAGCUCAGCAUUCGACCGUCGCUCUCUGA